AAUUAUGUUGUAAGCAUCGACUGUUACUACUGAAAACAAAUUAAGCAAAAUACAAAUUAUACAACAUGUUUAUAAAUACUUGGUUUCAGUUUCUGAUCAACUUCAACCAAGCAAUCAAGGCUUCCACUGGCAAUCCAAGAUAAUUAACCGAUGGAAAUGGCUUCUGGGAAUUCUCAGGUAGGUAGUACAGCUGCAGCAGCAGGAAGCCGCACCUUGUGCAUGAUAAAAGGGGAUGUUAUGGAGAUUAAGUGUAUUAAAAGACGGCGAAGAGACCCCUCGUUGGCUGCCCCAUUGAGGUCCAAUGAACAUGAGCUAGGUCACCAGCAACAGGGUGAUCAAACUGCUGCUGCUGCUGCCACCACAGUGAAGAGGAGUUCAAGAUUUCGGGGAGUGAGCAGACACCGAUGGACUGGACGAUAUGAAGCUCAUUUAUGGGAUAAAGCGUCCUGGAAUCCAACACAGAGGAAGAAGGGAAAACAAGUAUAUCUUGGAGCUUAUGAUGAAGAAGAUUCUGCGGCAAGAGCAUAUGAUUUGGCCGCUCUCAAGUACUGGGGAAGUUCAACUUUCACAAAUUUUCCAGUAUCUGACUAUGAGACAGAAAUUGAAAUAAUGAAAAAUGUAUCAAAAGAGGAAUACCUGGCCAGUCUAAGAAGGAGAAGCACUGGUUUCUCAAGAGGUGUAUCCAAAUACAGAGGAGUUGCAAGGCACCACCAUAAUGGAAGAUGGGAAGCAAGAAUAGGGAGAGUGUUUGGAAACAAGUAUCUCUAUCUGGGCACAUACAGUACCCAAGAGGAAGCUGCUCAUGCCUAUGAUAUUGCAGCCAUAGAAUACAAAGGGAUUAAUGCUGUGACCAACUUUGACUUAAGCACAUACAUAAGAUGGCUGAGACCAGGAGCCGAACCUUCUGCUUCAUCUCCUGCUACCCAAGAUUCAAAAUCAACUCUGCAGCCAAUUCCAACCUUCUCUAACCGCAACAAUCCUGGCAAGAAAACUAGCCAACAACAACUGCCUCUUCUCCACUCUAAUAAUCCCUACAUUAUAGAGGAUUUAAACAGACCUUCAGAGCAAGAUAUAUUUCAGACAAAUGCACAUAUUAGUCCUUGCUCCAAGUCAUCUCCUUCCCCAACUGCACUUAGCCUCCUGCUUAAAUCUUCCAUGUUUAAAGAAUUGGUGGAGAAGAACUUAAAUGCCGAUGAGGAUGAAGAAGAUAAGGCGAAAGUAGUUCCAAGGAUGUGCAACAACAACGGAGUUGAAGACAUUUUCUACAAUGGAAUCAGUCAAAUUUAUCACAAUGGGGAUGCAUUGCCUGGUCUACAGUCCAAGGAGGUGAACACAUUACCCUUGUACUAUAGAACAGGGCACUCCCUCUAGAAUAUAUGUAUUUUUUUAAUUUAUAUUAACCAUUUCAACAUUUUUUUUACAAAAUUGACGUAGGGACAGUGCAAGUGCAUGAAAGCUAAUCUCUCCUUUUGUACCAUAAAUUGCAAUUUGUACAAAUAAAGUGAUUCCCUUUAUUGUCUUAGAUGAGAGACUCAAAGUUGCAAUAAAGAUUUAUCUUUGAAAAAAAAAAACUUGAAACAAAAAAAAAAUUAAAAUAACCUCCAUAAUUUUAAAUACUAAGUAAAUAUAAUUCUCACAUUAUUAACCAUAUUUAGUUUUCCAAGCAAAGCUCCGGAGAAAAUAAAUCUCCAUUUUAUAAAUCGAGGAAGUCCAAAAAUCGACCUACAACACUACUUGCUUGCAAAUUUUUAAUUAAUAAGAAAUUCUUAUAAUAUUUUUUUUAUAUUAAGGUUAUGAGAAUUUUUGGGUUGA